AUGGCCCUGCGACGCUUCAACGCCGGCGGAAAGAAGCAGAAGGAGCUGACCGAGGAGCAGAAGCAGGAGAUCAAGGAGGCUUUUGACCUCUUCGACACGGAUGGCUCAGGCGAGAUCGACUCCAAGGAGCUGAAGGUGGCCAUGCGUGCCCUUGGCUUCGAGCCCAAGAAGGAAGAGAUUCAGAAGAUGAUCUCAGACGUCGAUGACGACGGCAGUGGCACCAUCGGAUACGAAGAGUUCCUGAAGAUGAUGACCCACAAGAUCCUGAACCGAGAUCCGAAGGAUGAGAUCCUCAAGGCCUUCCGGCUCUUCGAUGACGAUGAGACCGGCAAGAUCUCUUUCAAGAACCUGAAGCGCGUAGCCAAGGAGCUUGGCGAGCGAAUGACAGACGAGGAGCUCCAGGAGAUGAUCGACGAGGCUGAUCGAGAUGGCGACGGCGAGGUAAACGAGGAGGAGUUCUUGCGCAUCAUGAAGAAGACGAACCUCUUCUGA